AAAAGAUUGCCGCGUCACAUAAUGAGCAAACACAGCUCGAGCAGUUCGGACGAGGAUACCAAAGAAACCGAGACAGAGAAAAAAGCGGUUAUAAAGAAGACAGACAUGAACUUGGAGAUGCAGCAAGCCGCUGUGGAUGCAACCUACGCUGCGAUGGAGGCCUACGAGAAGGAGAAGGAUGUGGCGGCGAAUGUGAAACGAGAGUUUGACAAGAAAUACUCACCCACUUGGAACUGUUUUGUGGGAAAAGAUUUUGGGUGCUACCUCACACAUCAAAAAGGAACAUUUAUCUAUUUCCUGCUGAUGGGGAGGGCUGUACUUUUAUUUAAGGCAGGAGAGUACGCAUCCGAUGAUUAGUGAUAUUUUUAUGUAUUUAAUCACAUCCGUGAUCGAUUAUAUUCAACUAGUUUACAACAGAUACUUGUUCCGCU